UUCCAAGAGUACCCCAUCCCGCCGCUCCAUCACACCACCACUGCCUCCCCUGUGGUGAUCUUUCUAAACUCCAAUCAUCCACCACCACCAACAAUCCUUCAAUGGCGUCAGCCGCGGAAGAAAAUGUUUCCUCCGACGCAGCAGGCUCAGUUUCGGAGGGCCCCGUCCUUAGUUUCAUCAACAAACGUCUCCGCGCCCUACGCAAGAAAUACAAUCGCAUCCUCCAGAUGGAAGAAUCCCUCUCCCAUGGCAAACCUUUGAACAAAGAACAAGAAGAAGUCCUCCGUUCCAAACCCGCUGUCUCCGCCCUCAUCGAUGAACUCGAGAAGCUUCGCCAGCCUCUUUCUGUCGCCGUCUCCGAAGAAAUCUCACUCGCCUUACAGCGUCAAACAUGUUCGCUGGAAGAGACAACCUCAGAAGCUCAACUGGAUAAGACCGAAACCCAAGAACAACAAUCCAAUGAACACGAUCAUGCCAUUGAGGAUCUACUCAAUCUUCUCUAUUUCGGGUUGUUGUUCGAUGUCAAGUCUCAGAAUGAUUUUAUCUCGACCAUGUUGACGAGAACCCACGAGAGAGGCUGUUGCUUGACUUACGAUUACGUGACCGACGACGCCACCGAUUUGCUUAGUGAGAAAGAUUUGGAUUUGAUUGCUAAGCUGAGUGGAAAGCUGACUUCAAGACCUGCUGAUUCAAGUUUGUCUCAUAAGAAUGCUUUGCAUCAUUGCGUCAACCAUGCUAAACUUUGGCUUUCUAACUCCGACCAGCCGAUCGACCACAAUGCCGACGUUUCAUAUGCUGAGUUGAGACAGAGGCUUAACAAGAUCAAGUCUUUGGAUUAUUUUACAACCACGCCGGAGAUUAAGGAUCCUGUUGAAGUGGCUGCUGCUGCCGCCGGGGCGUUUACGUCUUUCCAGGUUCCGGUGCCCAUCUCCGUGCCUGUUCAGGUGGAAGAUUCAGCCGGGCAGUACCAGCCAAAGGAAGAUGAGGCAUCAAAUUAUCAAGAAUCUGAAACCGGUGACAAUCAAUAUAGUAGUACAGAGGAACUUCAUCAGGAUAAUUUGGAGAAGGAGAAUCAUGCAGAGGAUAUCACAGUUCAACAAGAACAUGACAAACUACAGGCAGAUAAUGGAGAAGCCAAGGAGCAACAAUAUGUUCCUGGAAGACCUUAUCAGAACCAAAGAGGUGGUCGAGGUACUGGGGGUGGCCGUGGAGGUCGAAUCAGUGGAAGGGGAGGUGUAACCUACCAGAAUGGGCACAACCAAUAUCAUGAUCAACCUGACAACUCUUAUUCUAGGAACCAACAUAACAACAGGGGCAGAGGUGGUAGAGGACGUGGCCAUGCUUACAACAAUCAGGGCUCAGAUGUUCAGGGUGGUAAUCCCUCAGCUGAUGUCGGCGUUGCCUCGUGAAAACUGCAUCCAUCGGGUCCAUUUUUCUGGGUCGGUGAUAGAAAUGUACUUUUGUGCAUCGUUUUGCAUGAAACAUGGUUUGAAUGUGGGUUGACGUCGAUAUCGUAGUAUCUAGAGCACCCCAUUUAACUUCUUUUAUGUAGUUCAGUUACAAUAAUAUUAUGGGAAGAAUCGCCAUGGGGAUGAUGAAAUGCCCACUCUCCUGUAGAUUGGUCAAUACAGGGGUCUUUUGGCACCAAAUGCUUAUUAUGCUCCUCCCCUGCAGAUGUAUCAAAACUGAAAAA